ACUCAUUCUCAGCGAUAUAAAAAUGAAGUCUGCACGACGUAUAUUAACAUGCUAAUUAGUCGCCGUACUUCGACACACCAGCCACACACUCAUAAUUCGCGAUGGCCCCUGCCAGUGCUAGUAAUCAAUUACUGCCGCCAAAGGCUCGCUUGGAGACGUCAUACGCGUUCUCUCGUACAUUCAACUCCCGUAACAUGGAAUUCUAUUGGUACCCACUGUGGUGUCAGAUACUCUUCGAUCUUGUGGCAGAUGUGCCGAAUUUGAUUGUGGCGCCUCAAUUUCCAGUUUGGAUUGUGAAGCAGAAUGACCAGCUUGAAGGUGCGAAUGACGGUGAUGAUCCUGAGGAGGUGGAAGAAAGGGUAGCCCAGGGAGCCUCAGAGGGUGUUGCAGCAGGCACCCAGGUCCCUGCUAACAACCAAGAAGAACUCGAAGAAGGAGACCAUGAGCCUGACUCGGAGGUUGGGAACAUGUCUUUCGCAUCGACGGUCCCGGAAAAGGAUGCUGGGAGCGUUCUGGUGGAUUUUGGCAUCGUCCAUCUCACAGCCGUGCCUCAAGCACAAGAGAAGCUUCGCUAUGGAGGGUGGAGAAUAACUGCAGCAAGUGCUUGCCUUCUCGUAGAAGUGAAGAGGUUUGUGAGUAGAAGUCUGAAGGAUAAGGAGCUGGACGCAGAGAUUCGGGCGCAUAUUCAGGAGGCUAGAAUCGACCUGAUAUCACAAGCGGGACAUCUCUUUAUUCAAGAUAAAACCAAGCAAUCCGUCAUGGCCAUCGCCGCCGCAGGUCCAUACUGGAGUGGUACCACAAUUCAUCGUGGCGAUGUUAAACGUACUAUGCAUCAGAUCUCAAGCUACGACCCGAGCUAUCGACCCCCUGGUGAAAAACUCGUUGACCGGAGGCCGAAGUGGAACAAGAUUCUUCGCCUUGAUGGCGCAUCAUCCACGGCAGCUUCUGAAGCCCGCUUACACACCAUUUACAAGAAGAUGAGGGAUAUGGGAGAUCAAAAAACGAACACUAAGUAAUGUAAUGUUUUUGGGAGCGUUAAUGAGAUCUUGGGCUUUCAAUGUUUGUUUUUGACCAGAAUAUCUCCAUCGUGAAGAUGAUUCCGAACAACCGUUUCGACAGUAGUACCGACCAACUAGUGAGGGCAAAGCGAGCUCAGCAAGCCGCUGUGAUAAUAGAUGGCCAUGCCUGUCCACUUUCCAGAUCAUUUUACAUAAAAUGUAAACCACGCACGUUACACAGACCCAUCAAUGAAUUAUUAUUUCGAGGAUCUCAGUUCGCAUCGAGGGUAUUGUUUGAUUGCAAUCCGUUAGCUAUGCGCUCU